GGAAUCCUUAGGUGAUAAUCAAAUACUCUAUGAAAAGCGCUGAGUUAGUAAGACAUCCUAUAAUACCGUGUAUUUAUGGGAAGUGUGUAUGUGGUGGCUUACAUCAUCCUGCUUCUUCUUGGUAAUUGAUUCCUCUAAAUAAAUAUACACUCAAGGCUUCGAAAGAUCUCUGCUAGUAGCCGGAUCAGCAACAGUGUAUUUCAAAUUUGUUAAUAUUACAGUAAAAUCAUCGGGUGGACAUUGCAGUUCACUUUCACACCCAGAUUACUGUGAUAUAUACUUCAAACUUUGCGCUAAGAGCUUGAAUAGCAGAGAAUGCAAUAUCUUCGACGUGAGAACACCGAAAUCACCGAUGAGGGAUCAAGACACUUUUGUUUUCAGUGAUUCUAUAAGCUACAUUCCAAACCCUGUAUCUGGACUUGUAACACACCUUCCGUCUAAGCUGCACAUGAAAAUCGAGGUUCGGGAUUCAGAUUAUUCCUUUUCGGACUUGGAUGACCUUUUGAUGACAUUCGAGGAUACAUCUUACAAAUUCACUGUGUAUCCAUUCGAUGCAGCUGGCAGCAGAGGCUCUCAUGGUUUAUCAGAUUUAUCAUCCUCUAAUCACUACAGAAUAUUUCGAAAUAUACGUGAGGGAAAUAUAACCAUGUACAUUGCGGUUUGGGCAGUUUGUAAUCGCAACAGUUAUGGUAGUAACUGCAAUGUCAGCUGCAUUCCGGAAAAUAGGAUUCGCCACUAUGGAUGCAGUAGUUCAACUGGUGAGAAGAUAUGUCUUCCUGGAUGGAUUGGUCAAGAAUGUGAUAAAAUCGAUCACUGUAGUAUCGUAGCGUCGUGUGGUCUUAUGGGAACCUGUGUUAAUUCACCUUCUGGUUAUAAUUGCACUUGUAAACACAAUUUUACAGGGGUCGAUUGUUCAGAACCUCCAAACCAAUGUACUCCAUUUCAAGAUUUCUGUCAGAAUGGGUUUUGUCUGUUGAAAUACUUUGAUGAGGAGAAGAGAAUGUUGUCUGAACCAAUUCCAUAUUGCGCUUGCUUGCCUGGGUUUACUGGAAAAUGGUGUGAAUUGGAUAUAGAUGAGUGUGAGAUAUCGAGAGAAAUCACAACUUCCAAGGAGAAUUAUGUUGAAGCUUCACCCACCUGUAAUUUAAAUUCAUUGUGUGAAAAUCUAUAUGGGAACUUCCAAUGUUUUUGUAAAAAUGGUUGGACUGGUGUGCAUUGUAAUACACCACCAGCUACAUGGCCUGAUGAUUAUCAACCAGUAAUACGUUCGAAAGGUCUACCUAAUUUCAUACCAUUGACAAAGAAGAGUUAUGCUAGUAUUCCACAAAAGCGUCACUCUGAAACAUUGAUAAUAGAGAAGUCGAAUAACAACUGGGUUUUUAUACUUCUCAGUUUGUUAUUUGGACUAUGUACUGUUUUCUGUGGAAUAAUAUAUUUUGUCUAUCGUCAACAUAAACAUCUGUCCGGUACAUAUAACCUUCGCUGGAGUCGUCAACCCAUCAUUUCACAGGUGCUAUAUGACCAAAACCCUGUAAACGCGACUACUUACACAAAAUCCAGCCUUUCUCGUUUCCAACCACUGCCAACACCUCAAAGAUUCCCUCAUUUCACUUUAAGAGGUCUAACACUGAAGACUGAAAAGUGCCAGUCAACAGUCUAUGAUGAAAUUCCUGAAUACUUUUUACAGGGCAGACUUCAUCUUGCUGAGAAUAUGUUGUUAAGAAAAUCUCAAGGUUCUGUUUAUGAUCCGUAUAGUCAGUUAGAAUAUGACACACUGGAAACAACAUUCCGGACUGAGUGUAAAGUCGACCAAGAAAGCAUUAAACACAGCGAUGAAGACAUGGAGGGUAGACCAUUCGAAACAUCGGGUGAAGAGCAGUUGUCUACCUCACAAAAACCUCAAGAUUUCUUCCAACAGUCAGAAGUAUUUGGAGCAGGAUGUACAUACCUUGAGCUGAAGCAUAAUUUGCGAAUAUAAAACGAGUACUAACUCAUUCCUAGUCACCUUCACACUCAAUAAUGAUCUCACACUGUCAUUAUUUAAGCCUUUAAAUUAACGUUUGUUUACUAAUCUUUUAAUUAUCAUUUUGUAUCAGAACAGAUCCUUUUCAACUAAUAUCCUUUGCUUAUGCUAAAUCAAGAUCAUGUAGUGAUUUUCAUUUCUGUUUACUGCUUGUCUUUAUCAGAUCUUGUCUAUUACUUCAAGUGAUUUGCAUAGUCUUCAUGCUUAUUUCUCGAAUGUGUGACUUCAUUCCUCCAUCUUAUUUAACAAUAGAUUACUUCAUGCAAUCAAAA